AUGGAGAGCGAGAGCUGCAGCGAGAAGCGCUUCUUUGAUGAGCAUCAACAAGUGCACGAUCUAUUGCAGAAACUGCUGUCCACGCGACCGCUCACGCCUCACGACGACGUGGACCAGGACUUCCUUGCUGUGCACUCUACAAUCACUCGAAUCCUAGACAGGUACUUGGAACAGUCCCAUUUACUGGACCCUUAUUUGCACGAGAUGCUAGACCCUAUUAUGGACGAAAUCAAGCACGUGAUGGUCCAUCGAGGCAACAGAGUAGCCAAACCUACCGAUGGAGUGGCGUUCCCAUGCCAAGUGUACCACAACCCAAGACUUCACAAGUUGUUCCAGAUUGUGUACCAUUUGUGCAAAGUGCGUGGCUAUAAGACAGUGGUGAAGCUGCUGCCUCAUGAAGUGAGUGACUUUGAGCCGACGCUGGAGCUGCUCCAGUCUCAGGAUCGCAGUGACCAUUCAACGUGGGAGACACGCCAUGUCCUGCUGCUGUGGCUGUCGAUGCUGUGUCUCGUGCCUUUCGACCUCAAUACGAUUGACUCGUCGUCGUCAAGUACCACUUAUACCUUCAACGAUACGGUCUCCAUCGUGUCCGACAUUGUGACGCUCUGCAAAGACUAUCUGAGUGACCCGAGCGCUACGCAACUUGCAGCUGCAGUGUGUUUGUCGCGACUACUUAGCAGACCAGAUAUGGGACAGCACUAUUUGACACAAUUCCUCAACUGGGCGAACAAAGAGCUUCUCAUAGCGUUGGAUGGCGCUGAUACGCGUGUGGCACAAUUUAAAGUAACUGGAAUACUGCUCUGUCUUGCGCACAUUGCCAAGAACUCACCACGGGAGCAGCACAUAGAAGCUAGUCGUAUUUACUUUGCCACCAUUAUGCGGCAAAUGGCCCACCUCACUGAAGACAACACGCGGUCCGACCGUACUAGCACCAACACCAUGCACCGCAAAUUGGGCAUCAAGCUUGUGCAACGUCUUGGUCUACUGUACUUGCCACCAAUGAUACGUCCAUGGCGGUACAGCCGCGGUAUGCGGUCAUUAGAGCUUAAUAUGCAGUCUUUGGGAUUACCUGCGAGUAAUGCUGUCGUUGCGACCCCGGAAAACAGCCGUGGAGAAGGUAGUAGCGAGAAUGUCAUUGAUGAUGCUUUUGAGGUGGUGGGAGAGCUGGAGCAGAUAGUUGAGCUUCUUCUGUGCGGAUUGCGGGACAAAGAUACGGUGGUGCGCUGGUCGGCAGCAAAAGGCAUUGGGCGAAUCACUGGUCGUUUACCGUAUGAGUUCGCGGACGACAUUGUGCAGUCUGUGCUCGAGCUCUUUGUGGCCACUGAGGGUGAUGGGGCCUGGCACGGUGCUAGUCUGGCACUGGCAGAACUUGCUCGUCGUGGUGUCUUGCUACCCCAACGUUUACCAGACGCAGUAGAGUGCGUGGCACAUGCACUGAAGUACGAGAUUCGAAAGGGUACAUACAGCAUUGGCUCUCAUGUUCGCGACGCUGCGUGCUACGCGUGCUGGUCGUUUGCACGCGCGUACGAGCCAUCGUCGCUUCUGCCUUGGCUAAAUCAAGUCCUUGCGCCAGCAAUGCUGGUGACCUGUGUGUUUGAUCGCGAGUUGAACUGCCGCCGUGCAGCAUCGGCAGCUUUUCAAGAAAAUGUCGGUAGGCAAGGACGUACCAAUUUUCCAAAUGGCAUUGAUCUGCUCACUAAAGCAGACUAUUUUACGGUCGCAAGUUUACGACACGCGUACCUUGAUGUAAGCGUCUUUGUCGCAAAGUAUCCAGAAUAUCGCUACUCGCUACUAGAGCAUCUCGUCAGCUCUAAGGUUGUUCACUGGGAUGUCCAGAUCCGUGCUCUUGCUGCUGCUGCACUAGGUAAGAUUGGGACCUUCGACCCACCAUAUGCAAUGACCCGCUUGUUUCCGAAACUGCUUGAGUACGCACUCGCUCCGGAUGUCGAAGUUAUCAUUCGGCAUGGUGCCGUUAUCAGUAUUGCAGAGCUGCUCACGUGUUUGGCUCAGGUCCCUGUGUUCAUCGAUGGGGAGGUACAAAAGAAGGUCAAGAUGCUGCCCGUUGAGAUCGAUAAGCGGCGUCUGUUUCGCGGACGUGGCGGGGAGAUGAUUCGCACCGCUGUUUGCAAUGUGAUUGAAGUGAUUUCGAAUUCUCGACUGAGUCUGGGAUUUGUUUAUGUGAAGAAAUAUGUGUCUUUGCUCGAAGAGUGCUUUGUGCACCCGAAUGAUAGCGUUCGUGAUGCUGCUAUCGACGCUUUCGGUGCCUUCACGACUCAGUACUGUCCCAAAAUAUUUGAAAAGGGCAGUAUGCCGCAUGUCAGGUACAUGCAAGGGUUGAUACCGCGAUUCAUUGGUUCGGGGAUCAUGGUGGUUUCCAAGGAAACCGGCGUUGCUGUCGAAGUUCAGAAUCCCAAUGUUGCUGCACGUCGAGGGUUUUUGCGCGCCGUGGGUGUCUCAGCUAAAGAAUUAGUCCAGCCUUGCCUCAAAGACGCAUUUGCUGCAGUUUUUCGAUCCAUUGUACUCCAAGAACGUGCUACAGAAAAUGAGGACCCCGGAAGUCGAGUGGCAGCAGUUCUCGCUCUGGUGGAUUUGUGCUGUCGACCAUCAGCUGAGCUAACUCUAAACGGCAUGGAAGACGAUAUAGUCCAUACGCUCGUUCAAUGUAUUCAUACAGACUAUCGGGUAGACGAGCGAGGAGACGUAGGUUCCUGGGUUCGCAAAGAAGCCAUGCUGGGCAUCGAGAAGCUGCUUCUUAGUAAGAGUACACACGCGGUACAUCAUAAGUUGCGGCUCGUAGGCACAAUCGCGCAUACAAAGUACGGUCGUGGGGUGAUCAUUGACACCGUAUCCGACCGAAAACGCAAGAUUGAAGAAGUCAGCAACUCGACUGAGCUCGGUCAGGUGUGCUAUGUCAAAUUUGAGAAGCCAGCUCUAGGCUAUUACUACUUCAGUCCUACCGGGGUAGGUAUUCUUCGCGUGAAAAGGCCGUUGCACGAGAAAGCUGAGCUGGCAUCCGAAUAUGCGGAGUCGCCCGCGCUUGAUACAACGCACCGUACGAAUGCAGAGUACACAAGAUCAAGUCAAAAAUCCGCGAUGUCAUUUGCUCAACGAGUAUCUCCCGAUGCUGUUGGCAUGAUUUUCGACGCCCUUGCCAAGCAGCUCGCUGAAAAGCUGGAUAGCAUACGGAUGAUCGCCGGAACCGUAUUGUUUCGAUUGCUCCAUUCAAGCUCGCCUCGCAUUGACGGUAUCCCUGGUCGAUUAUACCUUGAAAAGCAGAUUUUUCCAUCGACUCUGACGGUGAACUGGUCCAUGGCUCACGACACUUUUCCGUUAGUAGUGAAGAUGAUGGAUGUUCCCGAGUUUUUGGAAGGGGUGGCUGCAGGCCUCGUAAUCAGUGUCGGCGGGUUGACCGAAAAUGUCGUCAAGGCUUCGAAGGGGGCCCUUUUUGACUGGGUGCGCGCCCAUGCGCAGUCGAAGAACUUUGGGUUGCUUAGCCGGUUUGGCUUUUACUUGGUGACACUGCUGACCCGCCACCAUCAGGAUGACCGCGUCGCCAUUCCGCUGAUGAAAACCAUUGCGCUGCUACUGGAAUCAGGCCUAUUGCGCUUUCUGUUCGAGGGACGCCAGACAGAAGAUGAUGGCGCUACUAGAACGGCGAACUUUGGAGAAUAUUUGUACGACGCACUGCGUCACGAGAUACAGAGAUGUGCUGUGGUUUCCAAACUGAGUGCUGCGAUCAGUGUCCUCGUCGGUUUGCUUCCGAGCAACCCUGACAUUGAAAGCAAGGCUUUACGUGCUCUCGUGAUGUAUCUCGGACACAAGUUCCCAAAAGUGCGGAAGCUGACUGCUGAGAUGCUCUACACGCGACUACUUCUAUACGAGAUUGUCAGCGAAGAAAAGUACGACAGUGUGGUCGAGCUCUUGAGUGACACCGCGUGGGACGCUUCGAUUACUCAGGUGCGCACUGCUCAACACGAGCUGCUGAAAAUUUUGGACAUGGAGCUACCCUCAACAAAGCGGACCACGCCAGCAGAGAAAGCAGUGGUAGCCACAGAGGAAGACUCCAGCUACAACACUCUCAUCAAGGAAAUGGGCUACUAA